AGCACCCAAUGGGGAAUGCCAGCGGCGACGGAGGCCCCGCCCACAAAGAGAAUCCGGCCAUUGAGCGCACGGAGGCAGGACUUCCGUUGUGCCGCGGCGGGCGGGGGAGCGCACUGUUGUGGUGCGGCGCGUCGGGCGGGCGGCGGCCGGGGCGGCCCAGGGGCUGCCGCGGGGACUCGGGGCGCCGCCGAGCGGCCGGACCCUGGGGCGGGUCGUGCUCACCGCGGGGCCCGGACACGGCGGGUUCGAGGCCGGGCCCCUGCACGGGGAGCCGCUGGGUGGAGACUUUGCCGCGCGGCGCGGAGCAGGCGGGAGCCGGCGGGGGCCUCGGGAACCCCAGGGCGGCCGGGCCCGGAUCCCGGGGGAACCUCGUCAGCCCGGGCCGGAGCCUCGGCCUGA